UGCUGUUGCUCCUGGAAGAUCAAUUCAAAGAGAGGAUGGAAGCAGUUAAUGAGAAUUUCAAGAUACCUUAUCAUAUGAAUCUGGCGAAUCGUACCGAUAUAGAUGGGUUCGUGUGCAUCCAACAAAAAAGGCUUCUCUGCAAAGGUAUCUUCAAUGGCGACAACCCCUUCAAGUUUGUGGCUCCAGUUUUCCUGGCUCAGCUCGCACUUGGUUCCUUCCUCACUAGCGCCUGCCAGUUCCUUCUCAGACCUUUGGGCCAAGCCGACAUUGUUGGCCAGAUCCUGGGUGGUAUAAUUGCAGGGCCCUCACUUCUUGGGCAGAAUAAGGCAUAUAUGGACACCAUAUUCCCAAAAAAAAGCUUGGGCUUAUUAGAGACAUUGUCAUUGUUUUCAUGCAUGAUGUUCUUGUUCUUAGUUGGAGUGAGAAUGGACAUGGAUGUUGUGAUGAGAUCUGGUAGUAAGGAAUGGGCUAUUGGUAUCUUGACCUUCUUUCUCCCUCAACUACUAACUGUCCCAGUCAGUCAUCUCCUCCAUGACUAUGCCCGUAAAGUCUCCCAGGUGGAAAAUGAAGAAGGAGAACUCACAUUACUUUCCAUUUUAGCCUCCAUGACCUCUUUCCAUGUGGUAGCUUGUGUCCUCCAUGACCUCAAGCUUCUCAAUUCUGAGAUAGGCCGAAUUGCUUCUUCAUCUUCCAUGAUUAGUGGAAUCCUGUGUUGGUUUUUUCUAACAAUAGGUUUCACAGUCAAGCAAUACAUAAAAUCUGGGUUAGGGUUGAUCCCACUUAUUAUAGUGUUGGUAUCUAUGUUUGCCAGUGUAAUUAUUAUGUUCUACGCCAUCAGGCCAUUGUUGAGUUGGAUGAUCAGACGGACACCAGAAGGCAAACCCUUAAAGGAGAUUUAUGUAGUUGCUGUCAUCCUUUUGUUCCUCUUUUGUUGCUUCUUGGGCCAGAUAAUGGGCCAAUAUCCUUUCUUUUUGCCCAUGGCUUUGGGCUUGAUUAUACCAGAUGGGCCUCCAUUGGGAUCUACUGUGGUGGACAGGAUAGACUGCUUUGUUUUAAAUGUGUUAUUGCCUCUCUACUUUCUACUGAAUGGUGGGGAGGUGAACUUAUCAGGCCUCAACGGAUGCACUUGGUCUAUUGUAGUAGGUUUGAACUUGCUUGCUACAUUGGGGAAGUUCAUUGCGACUAUGCUGCCUUGCCUCUACUUCCAAAUGCCUUUCAGGGACUCUCUUGCGCUUGCCUUCAUCUUAUCUUCUGUUGGCCUUGUCGAUUUAUUGUCGUAUACCCGCGCACUGCAAUUUGGGUACAUAAGCAACCCAUCAUUCAGCAUAGUGUGCAUAAUGGCAGCGAUCAUCACUGGUGUAAUCUCAUUCACAGUAAAGUACCUGUACGAUCCAUCAAGGAGAUAUGUGUGUUACAGGAGAAGAACCAUUCAACACAAUAAUUCUGAGCUUCGUAUUCUGGUCUGUAUCAACAAUCAAGAAAGUGUCCCCACCAUCCUCAACGUCCUUGAAGCUUCCAACCCUACCAGGGAAAGCCCAUUGGGUGUCUAUGUCCUUCACCUCUUUGAGCUAGUGGGCCGAGCAUCUCCACUCCUAGUAGCCCAUCAAGACUCACAAAGAAAAAUGAAAACAAGAGGCUACCAGUCUCGGGCCACUACCCAUACAGAAAGAAUCAUCAAUUGUUUCAAAGUCUUUGAGAACAACAACCAAGGGAUUGUUUUUGUACAAUCCUACACAUGCAUUGCUCCCUACACCACCAUGCACGAAGACAUCUGCACCAUCUCUUUAGACAAGUAUACUUCCCUACUCAUCCUUCCCUUCCACAAAUUCUGGUCCAGUGAAGGAGUUAUGGUUGAAUCGGCAGGUCUGAGAAACGUCAAUCGACAAGUUCUCGCCCGAUCCCCUUGCUCCGUCGCCAUCCUAGUGGAUCUCGGUGCUUUUGGACGGCCAAGAUCUAUUCAUGAAAGUUGGUCCUUCUAUCGUAUUGGUGUGAUCUUCCUUGGUGGGCCCGAUGAUCGAGAAGCACUAGCUUACGCCACCCGUAUGUCUGCCCACCCUAAUGUGAAACUCACUGUGGUUCGACUCGUUGAAUCAAAUUGCAUAAGUAAUGAUAUUGAUGUUGAUGUUGAUGUUGAUGUUGAUGAUGAUGUUGCUACUGAUGAUGAUGAUGAUGAUGAUUCAGAGAGGAAAUUGGACGUUGAUUUGAUCAAUGAGUUUCGGGUCAGUAAUGCCCAUGUGGGUAUGGGUAGCAACCGGGUUACCUACACUGAGGAGGUUAUCACAGAUGGUAUGGACAUAAGCAAUGUGAUUCGAUCUGUUAUGGAUGACUCUUAUGACCUUAUAUUAGCUGGGAGACGCCAUGAAAGUGUCUCAAACUUCUUUCAAGGAAUUAAAGAGCCGAUAAAGUUCCCGGAACUUGGAUGUAUCGGUGAUAUGCUCGCUUCGAAUGGUUCGAGAAGUACGGUAUCGGUGUUGGUGGUGCAACAACAUACUAUUGAAUCGGCCGGACAAAUACCAGAUAAGGAAGGCCAAUGUUUGAAAGUGGAAAUUUCCAACAGGUACAGCAUUAAGGGUAAGAAAAAACAUAUACCAGAAGAUAUCCAAUUUGAAAAGAGAGAACUGUAGAGCUUUUUUUCUUUAGGAUAUAUGGAACAAAAUCUUGCAUUUUCAUGUAAUGAGAUUUCAUCCUUCAUAGUAAUGAAAAGUGAUGAAAUUAAUGGAAUGCUUGAUGUAUAGAAUGGUUAGU